GUUAAGUACGUAAAUUAGACAUUGUUCUAUUCUGAAGUGUUCACUGUUAAGAAAUAAUUUCGAAAUAAACAAGGAAAAUUAAAAGUAAAGAAAAUGAAAUAUUUUCUUAGUCUGUUGGUAAUAGUCGCUUCGACAAGGUAUGGAUCUUCGAUUGGAAAUCUAAACACCACCAGGACUGUUGUGAAAGAAUUGACGGUGAGCAAUGGUGGAAACUAUGGCUUUUGGACACCGGAACAGUUUUGCCCUGAAGGGACGUUCGCACUGGGCUACAAUAUGAAGAUUGAAGGAAAUCAGUUUGCAGGGGACGACACAGCGCUGAACGCCAUCCGCCUUAUUUGUGGCGACCUAUCCGGACAUCUAAAAGUUGGAGCGGAUAUCACUUCCGGGACAGGGCCUUUUGGGACAUGGGAAAAAACAGAAACCUGCAAUGAACCGUACCAUGAUGCAAAUUUUCUCACGGCUUUCGCACUUCAAGUAGAAGCGCCGCAAGGGUCUGGGGAUGAUACCAGCGCAAAUUAUGUAAAGUUCUACUGCCGUGAUCUUGAUGGACAUAAUGCCGAGACCGAACUUGUCCGAGCCCCAGGAGUAGGAUACUGGGGCUCCUUCGGGGAAUGGAGCCAGAGCUGUGACAACAGCACCGCCAUUUGUGGUCUUGCCACGAAGGUUGAACCUGUUCAAGGAGGUGGAGACGAUACCUCGCUAAAUGACGCCGUCUUCUACUGCUGUGAACUCAAGGAGAAUCCCGGGAACGUAGUUGGAAAAUAGUUUUGUUUGUUUUCUGAUGAAACAUGGACGUAAUGAUUAUAAUGUUUAUAUGCAUAA